GGAGCUGGUCCAGGUGUAGGCUGCAGGGUUCUGAACACACGGGAUCGACCUAUAGAUUGAUCGAUUGAUUUAAUGCUUUGAGUUGAUUUCGUGUGUGGAUGCUGCAGCCUGGAUCGAAGGGUCGUGGAGAAGGGAACCCGUGCACUGCAACGCCAUGACGCAUUUCAACCCUCUCCUGCUGCAACGCAAACCAGUAUGAUUCACCGGAUCGCCGAGGGGAGGCUGCUCCGGCUGCAGGCGCCGUGUGGAUGCUGAGGUAAAGGGGGGUGUGGCGCUCACCAGCUCCCAUUCACCAAAACAAUACGCGCCCGGAUGUCGUGCAUUCGUGCGACGUGAAGUCAGGGUCGCGUCUGAUCGUCUGAUCGCUGCAGCGCUGCUCGGACUCUUCUCCGGGCUGCACAGGCCACAGAACCCGAGAGACAGCCUGCCAGCCCCGGGCUACCCGCCGAGCUCCGGUCCCCCCCGCAUACAUGCAGGCUCCGGGCUGCGGAUAAAAGCGCACAACGCACAGUUCUCCUCCUCAUUACGCAGACACGAAGCUUGGAUGAGGAGCGAGCCACCGGCUGAGGAUGAUGCGAUAACUACGACAUGUUAGGACCCUGAUCCAGGGCUGUGCUGUGUGUGUCAGUGCAGGUUGUGUUGCGGGAAGAGGUGAAUGCUACUAGAAUCUCAAGGCUGUGAGCCCUGUGCAGGGUGGUGAUGAGCAGUCCGGGCAGCAGCAGCAGGGGAAGUGGCCAGCAUGCUGACACCCCUCCCCCUCGUCACGCCCCUGGACCCAAGCUGCAAGUGCAGCGCUCCCUCUCUCGUGACACCAUCACCAUCCACUUCUCUGCCCUGGGGAAGGAGGAGGACGAUGAGGAGGAGGAACUUUACGGGGCACCAGUUGAAGCUAAAUUUGAGGUGGAUGGGGCAGAUGGACUGCAAGGCCCAGAAGCUUCAGGGCCUGAGGAGCAGUCUGUCACCACGGGCAUGGAGGCAAUAGAGGAGCUUCAGUUUGAAGCCACAGUAGCAGAAGCCUGCUCUGGAUCUGCUGUGCUCCCUGUUUCAUCCACCACCCUGUCUGUGCAACCCUCCGACCCUCAGCCACACACACCCUCUGCAGCCAUGACUAUUAUCCCCACCUCCACCCACUCCCACCUGAGCUCCAGCCCACCUACCAGCUCCUCCUGGCCCUCAGACCGACCCACAGCUAAUCCUCCAUCCACAAGCUCCGGUGCCUCCUCCCCUUGUAAGUCAGCAGCGCUGUCGUCCUCCAAGCCUUUUCUCAGCCUGGUCAGGUCUUUGUCCAAUGACGUUGAAUCUCGAGAAUCCACAACUGCCACCACUGUCGCACCACCCCAAGCACGGCACCGGCACUUAAUGAAAUCUUUUGUUAAGUCUCUAUCCACGGACACUUCAAAGGCCGAACAUCAAGAGGGUCCUCUUCAUCACUAUCUUCAUCAGCAACAGCAGCAAACUCAGCCAUCCCAUCGGCCUCCACCCCGCAACAUGCAGCUCUUCAAGCAGUUCUCGCAGCCCCGUCUCUCCUCCAGCCCCGUCAUUGUCACUAAAGCAGGUAGAGACUCCAAAACAGCCCCUUCUUCCCCGAUCAUGUCCCCAGAUGGUAGGUCUUUCUUCAAGGUCCAAGAGGUGGAGGCCAGGAUAGAGGACACCAAGCGGCGGCUGUCAGAGGUGAUGUCAGACCCCCUGCAGCUUUUUAGUAAGAUCAUUGGGGAUGAGUCUGGCGUGGGAACAGGUGGAAGCUCCGCUCAUCGCGCAAAAUUCCUCUCCUCGAGUGCGUCCGAGCUGAGCGCAGUGACGGCAGUAAACGGACAUGCAGAAGUUACAAGCAACUACAGCAUCAAGGAGGAGGAAGGGACAGAAGGGGAAGAAGAGGACGAGACACCCACAGGCAGAGGCCCAGACUCAGUUUUUUUCUCCUUCCCAUCUCCAGCCCCCACGCAGGCCUCCUCGUCCACUUUCCACAAGUCUCCGUCUCUCACUCUGGGCCGCUGCUCUAUGUCAGCUCUGGUUGCUCGACAGGAGGACGAGGACUUCUGUGAACUGUACAGUGAAGACUUUGAGUUGAGUGCUGGUACUGAGACACCAGAUGGGGAAUGUGCACGGCCCCGACAUCCCCAUGCUGGUAGCACUGUUUUGUGCAGCGAACACGAUGCCGAGGAGGAGGAGAAAGCGGAGGAGGAGUUGGACUCUGUGCCUGUGACUGGACUCCUCUUCUUAACACAGUUGUUGUACCUGUACUUAGUCCUUCCUGUGCCCCCCUGUGUAUCUGCAGUGGUGCAUGGGAUAGCAGCCGGGUUCAUGUUGGCCUUACUGGUCCUCUGGCUGUCCUCUCCUCGCCGCUCCUCAUCAGGCACGAGAAGAGGGAGGGGGGGGGUAGGACACUGGAACGUGGCCCAGUUGGAUAUAAAAGAACCAGGAAUAUUCAAGGGCUGGAUGAAUGAGAUCCCCAACUAUGACCCGGAGAUGUACCAUGCCACCCUGACCCACUCAGUUUACGUCCGUCUAGAGGACUCCGUCUUGCGUCUGUCCAAGCCAAACCGGAACAUCUCCCGCCGUGCCACACACAAUGAGCCUAAACCCGACGUCACCUACAUCAGCCAGAAGAUCUACGACCUGACUGACAGCAAGAUCUACCUGAUGCCCCAGAGCUUGGCUCGGAAGAGAGUUUGGAAUAAAAAGUACCCUAUUUGCAUUGAGUUGGCCAAGCAGGAAGACUUCAUGUCCAAGGCCCAGGGAGAGAGGUCUGAAGCUGGGGAGGACAAAUCAGCAGGGCCGGGUGAGAAGCUCGAAAGGACAGACAGAGGGGAGAAGGCCGAAGGAUCGACAUCAACAGAGGAACCCAAGAAACCCCCUUCUGGAGGAUGUGAUUUGACAAUCUAUCUGUUUGGGAGGACGGGCCGGGAAAAGGAGGAGUGGUUCCGGAGAUUUCUCAUAGCAUCCCGCACCAAGUCAGAUGGGAGAGGUGGCGGUCUGCCUAGCAUCUGCAAGAGUGCCCUCCAGACCUCCCACAGCCGCAGCAGCAGCACCCAGUCUGGCGGAGGCCCGGAGGCCGACGACAGGAGAAGCAGCCGGGAAAGCAUGGAGGAGCUCCCACAGUUGCGUCACAGAGACACUGCCUCCACCUCCACGGCUCCCUCCUGUGGCUUCACCGGAGGGGUGAAGCAGAAGAUGCUGUUGGACUAUAAUGUCUAUAUGGCCAAAUACGUCAACCCCCAGGCACCACAGAGGAGCCCGACUGCCACUGACAGCCCCGCAAACAGCCCUGAGAGCAGCCCCCAAACUACCAAAAAGUUACGCAGGAGUUCAGAAGAGACUGUGGAGCCUGAGGCCUGGGUCAACGCGUUCCUGGGGAGGAUGUUUUGGGACUUCCUGGGAGAGAAGUACUGGGCCAACGUGGUCUCCAAGAAGAUCCAAAUGAAGCUCAGUAAGAUCAGGCUGCCGUACGUAAUGAACGAGUUGACUUUGACAGAGCUGGACAUGGGCUUCUCCAUCCCCAAGAUUCUCCAAGCAUCCAAACCCUCAGUGGACCACCAAGGUCUGUGGUUUGAUGUGGAGCUGUCCUACACAGGCUCCUUCCUCAUGACACUGGAGACCAAGAUGAACCUGGCCCGACUGGGGAAGGAGGGCGAGGGACUUGGGGAGCACGGGAAAGAAUGGCUCAGGCCCAGGACAUACUGUCUGGCAGACAGUGAUGAGGAGUCGUCUAGCGCUGGCUCAUCGGACGAGGAGGAUCCCCAGGAGCUCGACAGCGACAAACCUAUUCUGCCCGGAGGCGAGGGCUAUGUGGGAGGCCACAGGCCCAGCAAGAUCAUGCGCUUCGUGGACAAGAUAGCCAAGUCGAAGUACUUCCAGAAGGCCACAGAGACGGAGUUCAUCAAGAAGAAGAUGGAGGAGGUGUCCAACACGCCCCUGCUGCUCACCGUGGAGGUGCAGGAGUGCCGCGGGACACUGGCUGUCAACAUCCCACCUCCCCCCACGGACAGGAUAUGGUAUGGUUUCCGGAGUCCGCCUCACCUGGAGCUGAAAGCGCGGCCCAAGCUGGGAGAGAGGGAGGUCACGCUCGUUCACGUGACGGACUGGAUAGAGAAGAAGCUGAAUCAGGAGUUCCAGAAAAUAUUUGUGAUGCCAAACAUGGACGACGUGUGGCUACCCAUAAUGCACUCUGCCAUGGACACACGUUCAGAUGCCAACUUGGUUACUGUGACAAACGAUGCCUUGAAGGACCCGGAGCCUGAGGAGUCUGAGGUCUGCGACAUGUGAAGACUGCUGGUCAAAGCGUACGUUGAUGGACAAUUUUUAUCAUCGUGGCAAAAUGACAAGUCCCCGCCCACUCAAAACCUGCGGGUGCAGCAAUGGACUGAGCCAACUCCCCCUGAUGGUCUUAUCUAUAACCCUGUCCCAUUGUGGCAAAUGUCAGUGGACACGCUCAUAAAAACCGGACGUGCUGGCGAGCUCGCAAUCAUUUGUUGCCACUGAGAGCAACACAAAAGAGUUGUUUUAUUUGUGUGACAUCAAAUAUUAUGUUUCAUUGUCAGAUGAAAUAUACGUUGAGGCUGUUCUAACGAAUAUGAGCGUAGGGGUGGGUCGAGUAAUAGCCAUCUGAUUCAACCAGAAGAACCAUAAUACCUGUGAUGUACAGCUGCACCAAACGCGGUGGUUGUACCGCACCGAGCGGUUCGCUGUUGCUGUAACUCUAUGAGAACCUUUGAGGCCACUGGUGGCGAGUGUGUACGUCUGAGUGAGGGAAGAACCCUGAACCGUAGAGAUGACUGUGCUAGAAGCCCCUGCGUCUAUUUAACUGCACAUUUCACAGGGUUAUCAAGAUUCAUUUAUCACCCAUCCACACUGCUGCCUGUGCCGGCCCCCUGGCACUUACUAUAUGCAAACAGAUCAACGGCGCCGUGUGCGGAGGUACGAAGACAGUUUGAAUCCGCUAUGGACACUUAUGGCGCUCAGCCUGUUUGCUUUUUACUGUGUCGUAUAGGGACUAGAGCUAAAACCGAUGUUAGUGGGGUAAGUUAAAAUAUAUCAGCAAACACAGCAGCUACACAUUGCCUAGGUCUGAUGAAUGUAUAAAUCGAAAUGCAGCUCCCCAGCUCAUUCCAGGAAUAUCUCAUUCACUGACAUCGUGCUUCUACGCAACAUGCUUCUUUUGAUGUUCUGUUCAGACGUGAGCAAAAGUAAUAAUUUUCUGUUUUUCUUGCCAAAGCAAUCGUUCAGUCCUUUUUGAAGUCUCCUGUAUGAGGUUAGCGUGACAAAUAAGCAAUCGGAUAAUUAACCCGUGCUCACGUCGAGGCCACUCCUGUGAUUGUACACUUGAAUUCUGGAUAAUUACAGCUGGAAAUCCAUAAGAUAAUUUUUCUAGGGAGCAGCAGGAGACUGAAACCCUUCAACUGUUAACAGUGAGAGUCAGAAACAUACCGGCUCUUCCUGUUUUAUUUGAAUAAGUAACAUACUGGAUAUUAGCCAUAUUAUUUAAUAUCAGCAGACAUCCAGCUAAUUUAGUUUAAUUAUUGACUUGCUGUUAUUUCUGUACUGUACACAUUAAAGAGGAAUAACACCAAUAAACUACGACAGCAAAUGUGUAAUCUGCCAGGUGACUUUUUACUUUACAUGUUUUACAUUAAAAUGUGUGUGUUGGCAAAGUGUAUGAGGCAGAAAGUGCCUUUAAAAAUAAACAUUCCUCCCUUGUGAGCCACCACAUUCGUUGCGUCAUUUUGAGGAUAGAGAUAAAAAAAAAGAAGUCUUUGUGCCAUUACUUGUCCGUUGAGACAUGCCCUUUGUUUUCACAAGUUUUGGUGUUGUUCAUUUUCACAGUGGUGAAAAUAUCAAACAUUGCUGUUGUGUUCAGUGAUGUCAUAGAAUGUCAUGGUUCUGAUCGUUGUGGAUCAAUAAAAC